AUGGCUACAAUAAGGGAUAACAGCUAUACUAGAACUCUGCCAGCAAAUACGACAUACUGUUAUGCAUUUAGUGUUGGGGAAGACGUCUAUAAUUGCAUACGCCGAGCUCAUAACUGCAAUAAGAAUACAACUAAAACAGCAUCCCACGACGCGAUAGUCAUGAUUAACUUACUGCAAGGACGUCGAGCUGAAGUAUGGGCGAAAAAGUAUAAGAUUCAAGAUGGCACAAAUUGCUCGACCUUACCGAUUUACUUUGCGACAGCUAUUAAUCAAAAAAUAAUUGAACUCUUCCCAACUAAUGCUAAUAUUCCAGUAAAAUAUUACCUCAAUUUUUUAAUGCCGACCGAAAAGAGGGCUGCAUUAUCUGAACUGUUACAAUCAGCUGCUUUAUUAUAUUCGAAAAAUAUGUUAGAUCGCGAUUACUUCAUUGGUCAAUUUCUAUCAAGGGAUCACAAUAUAUCCGUUGAAAUAAUGUGGAAAUUAUGCCAUCUUAACUUGGCCACCUUUGAUGACCUUUUAAAUCGGCAAAGAAGAAAUUUUACCAAGCAUUUGGCAGGUUCGAUUAUCAGCAACUAUCAAGAACAGCCCGAGGAUGUCACUGUAGCUCAUAUUUCUAAUGUAAUCUCUUAUAUUAUGAGCGACGUUCUAUCGUACUUGGAGAAUAGUUCCGUAGCUGAAGAUGAAACACACAAGCGCUUGCGUGAAUUUAUGGAUUAUUUUAUUGAAAACUACAUUGAGCACUUUCGGUUAAAUUACGAAAAGAUGAAAAAUAAGCAAUGCAAUAUUAACAACCUAGAUUUAAUGAAUUUACUAAAGUCACUGAAAUCGAUCAAAUCGACGCCUACUAUUGAGCAAAUUUUUACAACACAGAUUAUGAAGCUACUAAAAUGUUGCAAUGAUGCUGUUCUUAAAGACCUAGAAAUCUUAUCGUUACAGAAUCGUUGGCACCGUAAGGGAUCCUUACAGUCUUAUUAUGUUUUAUUUACCGAGUUACUCAAUUUUGUCGAUGCUAAAAAAUUAAGAGAAACAGUCUUUAACGUGUUAUCCCAACGUGAAAAGGUGGAUUGGAGCAGUACUCUUGCUCUUUUAUCUAUCUUGUGUAUAAAAUACGAAAAUACUACAAAUAUGUUAUAUGGUUUGAUUGAUACCAUGUUUGAAGAUGCACUCAGAAACUGUUAUCAUGAUCUCAUCCUAACUGUAAUCAUACUUGUUCGUCAGUGCAGUUUAUUAAAACUGCCAAAGUUUUAUCCAUAUACCGAAUGGAUUCAAGCUCAUAUUAUUGGUCAGCCUUCUGUACCAGCGAAUUGCCAAGACUUACUAGUUGAAUAUAUAGCUUUAGCGAAGGCUAAUUUAGCAAAAUUAAAAGAACAAGAUUUAACAAACGAAAAAGAGCAAGCAACAAACUUACUUGAUGAAGUCUUACAUGAUGAUGAGAUUUUUGAAGACGUAAAGAAAGCCGUAAUGACUUUUAAGCGAACAAAUGAAAUUCCCAGUUGCAUUUUGGAAGCUAGUGGUAAUAAGAUUCCGGCAACUCUAUGGAAUGCUUUUGAAGAGAGACGUAAUAAGCCCACUAAACUGCCAGAUCAUGGAAACUCUCAAAGCCAUGUUCUGGCUCGAUUAUGGAAGUGCGUUUCCGAAAUUCGGGAGCUUAGCCAAAGAUCUCAAGCUAAUGAGCGGCCGGACUGCAAAUUUUUACUUGAUGAAAUUAGUAAGAUCUUUAACGAAAUUUUGCCACUAUUAUCAACAAAGAAUGAUAAUAAGAAUGAGUUAUCACCGGCUAAUAAAUUGAAUGAAGGAGAAUUGGCAAUCGUGAAGGAGUUUCACAAAUCUCUCUUGGCACUUUACUGCAAAGUCUUUCAAUUAUUAACAUCAAAUAAAGAUACCGAUUUUAUGGGCAAUUGUAAAGAUUGGUACAUGGGAUUCGUAAAUGUUUUACAUUCUUUCCCUUACAUUCUAGCUUAUGUUGUUUCUGAAACUGUGGCAUAUCUUUCAUUCAAGGACCAUAAUAGUAGUGAUUGCAGUCCGAAUGGAAUAGCGAGUCUGUUGCUUGGUUUUUUGACGAGUAAGCAACAAUGGAGAUGGUUCUUAAUAAGCGAUAGCGCUAGGUUUUGUACAAAUGGCCUCGUCUUAGUUUCCGAUUACCGAAAACUAAUUAUCGAUCAUGAGUGUCGUGCAAUUUUGCGUUCUCAAUUAAAAUUGGCUCUUUACCUAUCGAUACGGUUAGAGAGUAUCCUUUCCUUGGGUAUGGGAAAUGAAGAUAUGAAAGCAGACUUGGGCUCAUUUACUGCCUUUCUAAACUCAGAACAAGGAAAAAUCAUUUUAGAAGAGGAAAAAAACAAGAUUGCUAUAUGUAUUACUUGUACAUUAUCUUUAAUGAUUGAUAGAUUAGUACUAUCGGAAUGGAUCAAUUAUGAAUUAAAUAUCUGUCAAGAUCAUGAUUUCUUUCGUAACGAAGCUGAAAGGCUAACAUAUUGGAACUGGAUCUUUCGUAAACAUUUCCUCACUAGUAGUAUCGUUAGUGGAGGUUGUGGCGGCCAAUAUCGCUACGUUUGCGAGAUGUUAAUCAAGUCUAUCAAAGAUUAUAUGGAGUGGCAUGAUAAUCAAAAUAUUGAUCCAGCUUUAGCUUUUAUGCAGUGUAUUCUUGCGGAGGCUAACCAGCAGCAAGGCAGUAAUACCAAGGACGAUAUUAUUCUGUUAAAUAUCUUGAAAGACAGACGAAACAUUAUGAUGCUUACCCAGCGAGAGACGCAUAUGUUACGGUUGGGUGGGAUGAAUGACAUCCAGAUUGAAUUAGAUUGCAUAAUCAAAAUAUUUGCUCGUAUUUCUCCAAAUGUUAUUUUAUCUAUAACUACUGGCAAAGAGCAGACACUUGAUUCGAAGAUGGAAACUUUCAAGAAUUUUAUAAACGAUAUCUUGGUUGAAUAUCAAAUAACAGGAUUUAGCUUUAGUAUGGAGCUAUGCUCUGCUCUACUAAAAAUAAUAGCCCAUUAUGGUGAUGACCUAGCCAGGUAUCUUAUAUCAACUUCACCAAUAUUAAUCGGAUCGCUCUUGGAUCAUUGGGAAAAAUUGAAUAUAAUAUCUGGGUUUUUUGGUAAUGCACUUAGCGAUUAUAUUAACGAAUUCAAUACCUUACAGGCUUGGAGUUAUCGGGCGGUAAUUGACCAUGAUUUCGGAGCUGAUAUUCCUGAUCGCCCUUCUUGGCAAUUAGCAAUUAUGAUUUUCAAACAAAUUAUUGAUAAGAGGAUUGUUGAAUUUUUAAAUUACUUGAAAAACUAUCAAGCAAGCAUAACUUUGAUUGAAGAGGUUAGUGAUAUGAUCGAAUUACAUCGUAGUACUAUUAACGUGGCAAAGGCAAUUGUAGCCUCUAAUUCUAGGAGUCUUUUAGGUCUAGUUAAUGAUAUAAAAUUCUGUCCAAUAGCAGGAAGAGAAUAUUUCAGGGUUGUAAAUUUACUAAGGGAAGCUCGUAAAAAUAUGAAUUAUUCUCGGUUGUAUCCAGUGGUUUACUUCAAUAUAUUUGGUGAUACAAUAUCUGACGACAAGGAUAAGAUAUGUACAGAUCUACAUUUUAUCAACGAAACCAAGAAAUGGUUGAAAUCUUUAAUAAAGUUAUCUUCGUUGGAUAUGCUUGAAAAAUACCACGAUAUGGUUAAGCUCUUACGGGAUCAGGAAUUGAAAGAUUUUAUCAAUGAAUAUCGUCUAAGUGUGCAAGAAAGCUCUGCUUUUAUGGCUUCAUAG